AGGAUGAACAAAACACAGACUGUCAGUCAGCCAACGCUACAGAAGCAUCCACAGCUUCCUGAAGAACCCACUUCAGGUCUGCAGACAAACAGCUGGUUCUGCUCUGAGCCCUGAAGCUGUUCAAGUCAGACUCUGUUGUGUUCAUCCUCCUCUGACAUCUUUCCUGGGGAACUGCUCUACAUCUACGUGUUGUCAGACAGACAAACGCCCCUCAGAGGACAUGGCUGCCCUCGGACGACCUUUCACUUUAGGAAUGUUGUACAACAGCCGGAGAGAUGAGCUGAUCCCAGGUGUCUCAUUGUGGGAUGAACAAACCCUGCAAGCAAACACAGUGGAGAGUCGUCAGCACAGCAGUGGGUUUGAAGUCACUGCUUCUGAUUCUAUUGAAUCCAAGUCCUCUCUGCUGGACAUUAAUGCUUCCCUGAAGGCCAGUUUCCUGAGUGGACUGAUUGAAAUUGAAGGAUCCGCCAAGUACCUGAAUGACAAGAAGAAGUUCAAGAAUCAGAGCAGGGUGACGCUUCAGUACAAAGUUACCACCAUCUUCAAACAGUUGUUCAUGACCAACAUCGAAUCCAUGAGCCCUCAACAGAUCGAUGUCAUUGAGAAGAGCUCUGCGACACAUGUUGUCACCGGCAUCCUCUACGGGGCAAAUGCUUUCUUUGUGUUUGACAGUGAGAAGUUGGAUGGCAGCAGUGUGCAGGACAUCCAGAGCAGCAUGUACGCUGUGAUAAAGAAGAUCCCCUCGUUUAAUGAUGAUGGGAGAGCUGACAUCAAGCUGACAGAUGAAGAAAAGGCCAUGACGGACAAAUUCACCUGCAAGUUCUACGGAGACUUUAUUCUUGAUUGCAACCCUGCAACAUUUACAGAUGCAGUGAAGACAUACGUACAGCUUCCAAAACUACUGGGAGAAAAGUAUGAAAAUGUUGUUCCACUGAAGGUCUGGAUGAUGCCUUUGAAGAAAUUACAUUUCAAAGCUCCCACGAUGAUCACUGGGAUCAGUGUCAGACUCUUGAGAAAGAUUCAAGAUGCUCUGCAGGAACUGCAUCAUCUGGAAGCAUGCUGCAACGAUAUCCUCGAUGAUGCAGUCGUCAACGCUUUCCCAAACAUCCAAGAAAAGUGGAGCACCUUCCAGAAAUUCUGCAUGUAUUUCAGGUCUGCACUGGAACAGACGAUUGCUGAGAAGCUCCCCUCCAUCAGGGCACAGGAAAUAGGCGAGUGGGAAUUACAAAAGGUCUUUAUUGAGCGGGACAAGACACCUUUCAGUCACGAGAAGUUAAUCAAGUGGACCGAAGACAUGGGAAGAGAAGUGAACGUCAUCAGGUCGCUUGUCAAGAUGAUGGAGGGAACAAAGAUCAUCUCAAACCAGUCCGAGCUGGACAGAGUGGUUCUAGAUCCUGGAGUAGAGGACGUUCUCUGCUUUGUUUUCACCUCCCUGGAACCUGCUGACCCCCAUCUUCAGGAAAUGUCUGUGUACUUGAACUCAGUGAAGUUACAAGGUGCUGGGGGAGUCCUUCUACCUGCCCACGAGCAGUGGUUCUCCUCAGAUGAAGUGAUAAAAGAAAUGAGACCGAAAGCCAGAGUUAUUCAUGACCUAGCCAAAGCUCUGAAGAACAACCGCCAACUCUGCUUCCUCGUGGCAGCGUUUGCAAACGAGAAACACAAAGGAGCGAGCAUCUACCACUACAGGAGCUUCAGCCUGGUCACCGAUGACUUCUCAAAGCCUGAUGUCACUGAUGUGAAAAACGUAAAAGACAGACGGGAUUUAAUCUGGUAUGCCUGUGAUCUGACCCUGGAUCCGGACACUGCUCACUGCAACCUCACUCUGUCCAACGGAAACAAGAGGGCGACUCACGGAGAGAGCCAGUCGUGUACCGACCUCCCUCAGAGGUUUGACCGUGUGGUCCAGGUUCUGUGCAGAGAGCCGCUGACUGGGCGCUGUUACUGGGAGGUGGAGCUGAACAUGGUCCGAGGUGCUGAUGCUGCUGCUGCUGUUUGCUACAGCAGCCUACAGAGGAAAGGAACCUGUUCCCAGGUUGGGCUUGGAUGGAACAACAUGGCCUGGUCUGUAGGCCACAAGUGGAUGCCAGGACCGACUUUCUAUGCAGAACAUCCGGGCAGUUCUGCCGAUUACCCUGAUCCCCCUUCUGGCUGCACCCGGCUGGGUUUGUACCUGGACUGGCGUGCAGGUACUCUGUCCUACUACAUAGUCUCAGGAGACACGCUGAGCCACAUUCACACCUUCCGCACUGAAUUCUCUGAGCCUGUUUAUGCCGCCUUCAAGCUCUGGACCGAAGGCAGCUGCAUAUUCUUGUGCUUGUAAAGGUGGUGCUGCAUGAUUCACAUCAGUUUCAGUUCAGCUUGAUUAUAAAAGUGCAAACUUAAAGGGCCUCAUUAGGCCAUUUUCCACUGCAGGAACCGGCAGGUUGCCCGAAAUCUUUGGGAGGAGCUUUCCUCGUAGAACCUCUUUCAGGGGACAUAAAGCACAAAUAUUCUGAGCGGCCAUGACGGAUUGCCGUGCAAGGUAAAGACACAGUUGUCCUCUCUGACACCGCCCUCAGACAGGCUACUGGUGCUCAUGACAACAAUCAUUAAGCCCUGCGAAUAAUUUAAAAGAUUUAAAGUGUAUUAAUCAGCCAGAAGACAAAUGAAAUACAGGUCAGAAAAUGAGCUGUGAAGUAGCCGUAAUACCUGCUUCUGCCACCAGGUGGCCUCCUGCUGUUUGCUGAUGGGAGGAGGCAGUCGCUUGGACUGCAGGCAGGUCCAUGUUAAAAAAACAAAACAACAAGCCAUUUAUUCACUUUAAUGAUUAGUUCAUUGGUUGACAACAACUCUUUGGUCAGUUUAAAUCUUUGCAUCUCGAAUUCAGACCAAAAAAAUCAACAAGAUGUUGGAUUCUAAAACAGAGACAGAAAAACUGGAAGAUUUAGUUUCUCUAAAUGUUUUCCCCGAGUUCCUGCACCGGAAAGAUGUCUGUUGUGUAGCGCCAUCAUAUUCUCACGUUUAAUAUAACCUUAAUAUAACUGUAAUAUAACCUUAAUGUAACUCUGUAGUCGUCAGACAGGGGACAGGAAUCCGGUCCAGAAAGCUUUGUAGAAGCCGAUAAGUUGAAGGCCGGCGUUUGGUGAUGUUCUGUGAUGUUCUGAGGAUGAAGGUUUGUUUGCUGCGUCAGAAUGCAACCAGCGAGCUAACACGUGUCAGACAGUAAACUACAAACUGUUCAUCAAUGUGCAGAUGUGUGCAUGUAUCACUGACUUGUUGAUCACUUAUCAAGUGUUCCCUGAUAGAUUAGCUCUUUGGCUGCUCAUUGAAACUCUGAAAUAGAAUAAAAACACACAAGACUCUUG